AUGGAUUUCGAUUUUUCGAUCAAAAAUGAAAUUGACACGUUUACGUCCUUAUUUUUUUCGAAAUCCUCAAAAAAGCACAUCUGCGAAGGAAAUAUCAUCGAGCUAUCUUGUUACGCUGGUAAGCUCAACUUUCACUUCCACCACUUCCUCUCCUCCAAUGAGGGAGCGCGCGCCCGAGUUGACGCUUUUUCCCGCGACACGCCACUUCACAUUUCCGUUCGCCAGAACUCGCCCGAGGUCGUUUCCUUUCUUCUCGCCGCCGGCGCUAAAGUCGACGCAAUCAAUGGCCAGGGACAGACUGCUCUUCACCUAGCCGCGUUUUAUGGAAGAAAGGAAAUCGCGGAGAUUUUAUUGAAGGAUGGAGCGCCGAUUGAAAUUGUCGACUUGAGGAAAAUGAGCCCCUUGGCGGUGGCGGUGCAGAAGGAUCAUCUUCAUAUUGUUAGGCUUUUGAAGCGAUUUGGUGCGAAUUUCCAGCGCGAAAAAGAAUCAUCCCUUUUGGUUGCUGUCCGGCUUCAUAGAUCGAACAUUAUCAAUUACAUUCUUCAACAAGACGACUUUGACCUCUCCAAAGAAACUGAGGGCUGGAAACUUGCCAUUUCAAAGCCCCAAAUCGCCACUCAAAUCCUCCAGUUUUACGUUCCAUCCGUCGCUGGGCUGGAAGAUCGGGAGCGUCGAUUUUGGAGAAGUUCAUCCGACCUUGGCAGCUCAGAAGAGCGCUCGAUGAAGGUGUCGAGCUGA